GCAGGGCAAUCUUCAAUCAGAGCAGAGCUCAACACUCGGUCCGCUAUGACGCUGAUUGGGUCUGGACCAGUGAGGUGCACUAAUUUGAAUUUCGCAGCUCGUGCGCGGACGCUACGCGCACUUGAACAUUCCUCAGACUAGCCAGCUGUUUUAGGCUGCAAACUUCAUUUUACUGGUCAGCUGAUAAUUUUAGCUGAACCAUUCUAGCAACACUUUUACAGCUGAGUUUUAUUACCCAUCGAAACAAAUAUAAUAUGGACUGCAAUAUUCUGUGGUCAACUCCCAGGGGACAGCUUCAUUCCUCACUUUCUCGGGAUUGCCCGAAUUUGUCCGGAAUAGCGCUGAAUACAACACCAAUCAAGAUAGAUGGUGGGGCACCGAAGAUACGAACGGACUCACCCAUUUCCCGUCAGAAUGCAGAUGUUAGGACUACGCCUCGGUUGUGCUCCUACACGCUGGGGCGUCCCUGCAUCGCCGGUACUCAAACCACACAACAUCAAGCCAACCUCACGAUGACCAAUCGCGCCAUAAGCAACACCGAUUUGGCAGAUUCUGGCAGCUUGCAUGGCAUUAUUCAAGAUUCAAGUGGAUUUGGAUCCUUAAUUACGGAUUCAAGCGAUAUUACCAAUAGUUCCUUACCGAGUUGUUCUGGAACUGGUGAUGGUUUUGAUCAGUGGACACCUCCAUGUCAACCGUUCCAGGGGGAGAACAACACGAAUGUCCUAAAUCUGGAUCGUAAUGAGCUGGAUGACAUUCAGGAACCACAUAUUUCCCCUGAAGGAGCUGGUUACAUGACUUCGACAGUAGCAACCAAACUAGCCGACAGCCAGCUUAGAGCCUCGCCGACGAAUGCUUACAGUGCAAUGAAGCGUGGUGCCAUCCAGUUAGGUGACAGCGGCGUUGUGUGCAAUGACUCAGCCAGUGCUACUUUCUCUGGUUCAGUUCACGAAACGCGCAUGCUAGAGGAAAAUUUAGCUUCUGUCGCUCGAUAUGUGGAAGAACUCACCGGCUGUGCUGGAACCAGUGGGACAAAGCCAUCAAAAUUGGACUGUGGUAGGCCUUCUCAACAGCAUCUCGAACACUCACCACAGAUUUCCACUAACGAGGUGUACACAAGCCUAGCUCGUCGCUUGCAACAGCAGCAACAGAGCCAUCAUGAUCACCUACGACAACUGGUUCAACUACAGCAACUCAGUCAACAGUUAGCAACGCUGGCGGCCAGAAAGAACGUCAGACAAGGAGAACAAGCGACUAGUGGUUCAUUGUCAACACAGGAACCAAUUUUGCGUUUGCUGGCGAAUCAGUAUCCAGAACUGGUCAUGAAAAACAGCGCUUUGCCCCAAGAAUUGAAAACUGGGAAGUUAAAACCACAGCCCAAUUACUUGACGAAGCAAGAUACCGAGUAUCUCAUCCGGAAUAACAUCCAAGCUAAUACCACGCAGAACACAACUGCUACUAUCGGUGCACAGUCCUACCCGGGAAAUGUACAGACUUACUUGAACGAUGGUGCGAUUUCAAAUGACCCAGGUAGGAGAGCACAAGAAAUAGACAGAUUAAUUGCUCUCGUUCAAAAUCCGACUGCUGACUACAUACCAAUACUGUCACCUAACGUAAUGGGCGAUGCAUCAACUUCGUCGUCUCAGCUGCCAUGCUGUAAAGACCUCGAAGUUCACACUCCACACCUAGCGGACCAGCUUUCGGUGGUCAAUGCAAACACAGUCGCCUUGCUUGCCAGUCUACUUGGAACAGGACAGCAACAGGAGAUGGCAUCCGAAGAGGUUGAAGAGCAGAACGAUGUACACCAGGCCGUCUCGAACACGCUUAACUGUUUACUGUCCAGUUUUCAAGAUCAUGGAAGAGCCAGACAAGUCAGGGAUCAAGCGCUGCAUUCAAGCAAACUCACUGGAGAAACCAGAGAUAUAACCAAUUGUACCAGCGUUUUCCAGCAACACUCCACAAGCAACCUAUGCAAAGAACUAGCCUACUUGGCUGCCCCUUAUCAACGGCUCCUAAGGUCAUUAGAAAACGAUAUUGAUCGUGCUGCAAACUUGUACCGAAAUUCAGCCAGCGCCAUUGCACAAAAGAGCGAAGCUGCCUAUCACUGGUCUGGAAGACUUCCAGUGAGAAUUUAUCGCUCGAUGACUUUCUCACGCAAGGUUUUUCUCGGAGGUGUCCCCUGGGACAGUACAACUGAAGACCUGCUCAUUGCGUUCGCCCGAUUUGGUACCCUGACGGUUUCCUGGCCUCAGCAAGAGGGGAACCAUUUGUUCACCGCCCGUACUAAAUCCACAACACCAAGGGGUUACUGUUACCUGAUAUUUGAACACGAAUCUUCCGUCAGUGAAUUAAUCGCUGCGUGUGUUCGUGAUCCCACGACCGGUGGUGACUAUUACAAAAUUUCUAGUGCCACGUUCAAAUCCAAGGAUGUUCAGGUGAGUAUAAGAGGAACAUUGAACACCUCAUGGGGUAAAGUUCCAUUGUUUCACUACUCGCUAUCAACACAACACUUGAAAGUGAUUUGAACUGGCCAUCAGGACGGUGCCACUUGUUUGAAUGCUUUGUCUUCUGCAAAAGCGGAAACAUGGUCCAUCCGAGGCAACAUUACGUGGGGCGUCCAUGUUGCCUGCCAGGUCACAAGUAGCUGCUACAUAGCGGCAAGAAUCUGCCGGCCUAAAUGGUACGGAAAUCUACUAGAAAGCACGAAGUACGGACUUACAGCCAAGGAACUGCCAACCGGCAGGAUGAUCGGAUUUGUAGUACGCUUCCGGUCGAUGGUUCCGAGGGAUUCUGUGUCCGGUGUAUAUUUUGGUCGUAAAUAACCGAGGGGCUGAAAGGCCAAACAACUACUUCAUAUGCACCUAGUAAAAGUCGGUGCUGGAUGAAGGGUGCGCCUGACUUACGCUUCAUAGAGAGGUGGACGUCUCUGUCACAGUUGCCAAUGGAGGACUGAGCCUGAGGUGACUGCAUGGAAGGCGAAAACGCACUAGAUGACCCUCUCUAACGACAAAUGACGAAAUGGGAAGGCAGCGAGUAGAGAAAAUGACAAUGGUAUUCUAGGCUAAGCAGGACGACAUCUUACUCAUCAUCAUAGGUCUCGACACACUUUGACGAGGAAGCGCACAUGCUUGACAGAGAGAAAAGGCAAAUGCUAGCGCAGGGAGAGACAAGAAAAGGAACGGAAUUCCUAGUGGCUUGGUUCAGUACGGAGAAUUCAAUAAACAUGCGCAGUGACCUAGAUCUAGUUUAGUAUCACCUGCGAAAGCGCGAAUUUAGGCGAGCUAUUCACAAGGUGAGACUGAAAGAGGCGACGACUAGCAAUAGUCACGGGACCAGAACCGAACUGGUCAAUUUCAAACAUCCCUCGUUCAUCGGUCAAGUGUCCACAAACUAUUGAGUUACUCUACAACGCACUGACGAAGUCACCUCGGUUGGUGAUGAAACCUCUGCAACGAAAUUGUUCAGUUUGGCGAACCGAACAAAUCCUGAACAACCAAGCCGAGCUACAGGUAUUCCGAUUUCCUGCAGUCAUCUUGUUCGUUGGCUUGCAACGGACGCUGACGCGUCACAGAGUGAACAGAGAAUCCUGUUGAUUGACGUUUAAAUAUUCAGCCCGCUUUGCAGGUUGUUGUCUAGGCUCGAUCUAUUGGCCUACUGUCAUUUGGUCAUCAUACUCCCCUCAUAUAUUCCGUCAAAUCUAUCUUCCUUUAUGCAUGUUAAACGAUUGUUUUUACCGACAGUUAUUUUCGUUGUAGGUAAUUCCUUGGGUUAUUAGUGAUAGUCAGUACACCAAAGCGGGACCAUAUCGGCCAGAUUCGAAGAGAACGGUCUUCAUUGGUGCUUUACAUGGGAUGAUAACUGCUGAGGCGCUGGUGACCAUCAUGAAUGACCUGUUUGGAAAUGUGGUAUUUGCGGCUCUUGACACCGACAAGUAUAAAUACCCAAUAGGUAAGUUAAAAGUCAGCCUCCUUUGCUUCCGAUGGUCUGCAUUAGUGUUUCUAUAGUUCCACAAAACCUCCAGUUACCAAACUGACAGCCAAAAUUGUUGUGAUAGGUAAAUCUGAAAUUUAACAUGCAUAGUAGUCUAGUAAAUGUUUGACAUAAACGUCUUAGCUACAUGGCACUGACUGAGUUACAACUGUCAAAGCGAGGCUUUUAUAGAUAACUGUCAAAUUGAGGCUACGUAGAAGGUACGUUGUAUGCUAUUGUGGCAAUAAGGUGGCGCCCAACGUUAGCGAGAUAACACACCUCCUUAUCCGUGCCGACCGAACGUGCAAAAGCAUUUUCGCUAAAAGUCUGGCAACAAUAUGACAAAACGUUUAAUUUGCAGGCUACUGAACUUCGAGACCAAAUAGCUGCUGUUAGGUCCAACGUCUUUACUUAAAGCAGAAGUUCCAACGUUGCCUAGAAAUAAUGUUGAUGGCUGAUACUUUUGCAGUGUUCAAAAGUAGUACUGCACUGGACGCACUAAAAAGUCGUACCACUUUUGGUUUAUAUUUUUAAAGGGUUGCAAUGACUUUCUGAUUUUGUAGGCUCAGGCAGGGUUGCCUUUUCCAGCCACAAGAGCUACAUGCGGGCGGUAACGGCCAAUUUCGUGGACGUUCGCACUUCAAAAUUCGUCAAAACUAUACAAAUCGACCCGUAUCUGGAGGAUUCGUUGUGCAACAACUGCUUAACAAGUCCCGGAAUAUACUUCUGUCGAGCCUUUGAGUGCUUUCGGUACUUUUGUCCGGCAUGCUGGCAACUGUGGCACAGUUCGACAGAGACACUUCAUUAUCACAAACCAUUAAGACGUACUUUCAAACUUGGUUCUGAUCGAAGUUUUGGAAGCCUGUUAGCAGGUUGACGUUCCCAGUAUGCACAAAUUGUAUCAGUGCCUUUCCCCAACAAUUUACUUUUAAUUUGUUGUUAUCAUUAUCUUUUUGCCCAAUACCGUGUAACGGUUCCUUUACUCUCACCUUGCAAGUUUUAAUUAUUCAAAAAAGCUUUAAAUCUCCUGCUUUUGAACAAUGCACAAAUUGCACAUUCUUCUCUUCACUUAUGACAUAUUAGACGGCCAUGAACUCUCAACCAGGUUUACCAUCCCUGUCGUUUUCGUCCAUUUUGCGUGCGCAUGACAAGCGUUUUCUUUGUUCUUACCUUUUUAUUGGGCAUUUCCUUGUGUUAUGUUUUUCUAAGCAGCACUUUGGUUCUUCUCAAAUGCUUAACGCCAAAACCGCUUCAGUUGGUUCUAUCUUGUUACCAUUUUAAGUAAAUAAUGCCUUGC